CACGAUCCAUCAAUCUACCGUGUGCGCGUGUUUGCGGCUGGCACCACACUUUGGACCGGGGUAUAGAACCCAAACCACCGAUCGCAGCACAAUUUCAGUUGCUCUCGGCCAACCGGCGACUAAUAACGCUUUCCUGAUCUGAUCUCCAGAGUGUGCGCGAGAAAGGUUCUCCUGAUCCCGGCCAGUGUUCGGCACAGAUUUGAAUCGCAGUGAUUUAGUGGUGGAUUUUGGGAAAAGUGCACAAAGUUGGGGGGUUUGUGGUCGCAUUUGUUAAAAUCUUUUGCGCCUACAAGUGUUUCCGACCAUGUUCGAUCCCGUGGCCAAUGUGACCAUCGGGCUUCCCGGUAGUGUCAAUUCCAGUUCGUUUUUCCAGAGAAAAUGGGAUUCCUUCCUGGAUGUCGUUGGUGACGAUCCGGACGUUCUCUAUUUUUGGGGGCUUACGAUAUGGACAUACAGCCUGUACUGGAUCAUCGGAGGAAUGUUCGUGUUCAUGGAUAUCACCAACAAACCGAAAUUCAUGCGCAAGUACAAAAACCAACCCGGAACACACGAGCCCCUGGAAUGGAGCAAGCUGAAACCCCUGGUCAAAACCGUCAUCAUCAAUCAGAUAGUGUACGGCAUUCCGACAUCGUACCUCACCUAUAACAGCCGAAAAUUCAUAACGAACACAAACGAAUUUCCACCCAUUCGGGAGCUACCCUCGCUGGAAAUCAUCUUCCGGGACAUGCUGGUUUGUAUCGUGAUGUGGGAAAUCACAUUCUAUUACAGCCACCGAUUGCUGCACGCCAACUUCUGGUACAAGUACAUCCACAAGAAGCACCACGAGUGGCCGGCACCGAUCGCCUGGGCCGCCAUGUACGCCCACCCGUUCGAGUUCGUCAUCAGCGAUCUGCUGCCGGUGUAUGUCGGACCGGCCCUGAUGACCAGCCACCCGGUGACGAUUGCCAUCUGGUUCGUGUUUGUCAUGAUGGACACCCUGGUGGAUCACUCGGGGUACCACCUGCCCUUCCUGGGAAGCUCCGAACAGCACGAUUACCAUCAUUUGAAAUUUAACCAGUGCUAUGGACUCUUCGGUUGGUGGGACACCCUCCAUGGCACGAACGAAGAAUUCCGGAAGAAGAAACAGUAUUUGCGCAACAAGAGAAUAUUCUCUCUGAAGUCAGCCCGCGAGCUAAUUCCAGAUGAGUAGACGGGCAGAAAAAAAGUGCGCCGAGCAUCGCCAAGAAAAGGAAAUGGGUUAUAAGAAGCAGACACCGUACAAUGCGAUGAAGUGCGAUAGAGAAAACAAAUUCAUCAAGACACUUGAAUUCUAGGCAAACGGAACUGUACAUUUUUCCACUCAAUUGACCUGAAUUGCUUUAUAGUAAAACGUAUUGGACUUUGUUCAAGUCGUCAUGUUUCAGAUGACUUGAUUUGAAUUGCUUAAUCCUGACAAUAGAAGAAAAGAAACAACGUGAUUUGUAGUAUGUCUAAAACCACAUGGUGGUCAAACAUUCUCGGUGAAGUUGUUACACAAAUAGCUACUAGGAAUUACAACAAAAAAUAUCCUUCGCAUUAUGCUACGAACGUUGCAGCGUCAAACACUGCUGAUGGUGAAACAGCCGAUAGCUUCGGUAUUUCUAGAUGGAAGCAAUAUAGAGUAUCGAUUAUCUUAAGUGUUGUAGGUAGAUAACAAAACUAGUCUUGUAAGCUUGUAUGGUAAGAUCUCCAGAGGUCUGAUGGGACAAAUUUCCACUAUACUUUAAGAUGAAUGCUGUGCAGAAAUAAAGACUCAUCAUGUUUCAGUA